CAGCGGAACAAAUACAUGUUACCCGUCCGAAAAAACAUAACAAAUCCGGUUGUGUAAAUUUACUACACAUGCAAGAUCUCCAAAAAGUAGGACCCACAAAUUACAAUCAACAUUUUCCCACAUGUAAUCACAUGAUGGGUAUGGCAUGCCAUCAGCACAACAACAGUAGCCACAAGUUAAUCACCGGAAAACCUCAUUCUCUUUUCAGGAAAAUGACUUUAAUCCACAAAUGAACCACCUUUUAAUUUGUUCCCCCUUGAACAAGUUAAGUUUUGAAAUUUAAUAAUCAUAACCCCUACUCAAAAUCCCACACUUUUGUGUCCAAAAAAGACCUUAUGAACUCCACCAAAUGGGGACACCCAAGUCAUAAUUCAAAUUCCUGAGGCUACUCUUUUCAUUGAAAAUACCGACCCUUUAACGACUGCCUUAACCUGUUCUACAGCACAAAAGUAAAGCCAUAUAUACCUCAAUAAGAGCAGCAACAAAACACAUUCAACAUUUUUGGUCCAAAAAUCUUUUCAGCUAUGGCAGAGUUAGAGAACCCAAAUAUGAUGCCAAAUCUCAUAACAUUUCUGUCUUCUCUUCUCCAAAAAGUGUCUGAAUCCAACGAUGUAAACUGUCGGUUUCAACCUCAGAAAAUUUCAGUGUUCCAUGGCUUAACUCGGCCAACUAUCUCAAUUCAAAACUACCUGGACAGAAUUUACAAGUAUGCAAAUUGUAGCCCCUCUUGCUUUAUUGUUGCAUAUGUCUAUCUUGAUCGGUUUGCUCAAAGGCAACCCUCGUUUCCCAUAAAUUCUUUCAACGUUCAUCGGCUGCUUAUUACAAGUGUAAUGGUUGCUGCAAAGUUCAUGGAUGAUAUGUAUUACAACAAUGCUUACUAUGCAAAAGUAGGAGGAAUCAGCACAACCGAAAUGAACUUCCUUGAAGUGGAUUUUCUAUUUGGGUUGGGUUUCCACUUAAAUGUAACCCCCAAUACCUUUCACACCUACUACUCCUACCUGCAAAGAGAGAUGAUGUUGCAACCUCCACCAAGUAUUGCAGAAUCCUCUUUAAGCCAUGGAAGGUCACUAAAUGUCCAUUUGUGUUUCAGUGAAGAAGAAUCCUCUCAUCAAAAGCAACAACUAGCUGUUUAAUAAAGCCUUUAACGUUAGCUCUGAAUGUAGUUAGAUAAAGAGAUGGUGACUUGUUUAAACAUUUUGGGCUGGCAGAUUGAACGCAUGACUUGUACACUAAAAACCCACAUGUUCUCUCUCUCUCCUCUCUUUCUUCCUUUGGUUUCUUGUGGUUUCCCUUUUUGGGGUUUGGAUCUCAAAUUGUUUUUGUAUGUACAGAUGGGAGUUUCUUCUUUACAGUCUGGCUAUCAAAGUCUCAUUGUCAAUUAAUUUCUCCAAUUUCUUUUGGUUCAUGCUUGUGCUAUUUUAGUGGUGAGGAAAAUUCUAAAUACCCGCAACAUCUUAUCACAUG